AUGCCUUUCAAAAGCGGAUUAGAAUUAACUGAGUUGCAGAAUAUGACUGUCCCUGAGGAUGAUAACAUCAGCAAUGAUUCAAAUGAUUUUACAGAGGUAGAAAAUGGCCAGAUAAAUAGCAAGUUUAUUUCGGAUCGGGAGAGCCGAAGAAGUCUCACAAACAGUCACUUGGAAAAAAAGAAAUGUGAAGAAUAUAUUCCAGGAACAACCUCAUUGCAAAUAUCUGUCUUUAAUCUCAGCAACGCCAUUAUGGGUAGUGGAAUUUUAGGUCUUGCCUUUGCAUUAGCCAACACAGGAAUCAUCCUUUUUGUGUUUCUAUUGUCUUCAGUGACAUUGCUGUCUAUUUAUUCAAUAAAUCUCCUGUUGAUAUGUUCAAAGGAAACAGGCUGCAUGGUGUAUGAAAAGCUUGGCGAGCAGGUCUUUGGCACUCCAGGAAAAAUCAUUGUUUUUGGAUCCACUUCUCUCCAGAAUACUGGAGCAAUGCUGAGCUAUCUCUUCAUAGUAAAAAAUGAGCUGCCUUCUGCCAUAAAGUUUCUUAUGGGAAAAGAAGAAGCAUUUUCGGCAUGGUAUGUGGAUGGGCGAAUUCUUGUUGUAGCCGUGACAUUUACUAUAAUCCUCCCCCUGUGUCUUCUUAAGAACUUAGGGUAUCUUGGAUAUACUAGUGGAUUUUCCCUUGGUUGCAUGGUUUUUUUCCUCAUAGUGGUUAUCUACAAGAAAGUUCAACUUUCCUGCCCAGUACUGGAGCCAAGUGCAACAUCAUCUAUCAUAUCAAAUGUUAGCUCAACACAUGAAGAGAUGUGUCAAGCAAAGUAUGUUACCUUUAAUUCCAAGACUGUUUAUGCUUUGCCUACCCUUGCAUUUGCAUUUGUGUGCCACCCAUCGGUCCUUCCAAUUUACAGCGAACUUAAAGAUCGCACACAGAAGAGAAUGCAAAUGGUUUCAAAUAUCUCAUUUUUUGCCAUGUUCGUUAUGUACUUAAUGACUGCCGUUUUUGGCUAUUUCACUUUCUAUGACAAUGUGCACUCAGAUCUGCUUCACAACUACCAGAGUAGAGAUGACAUCCUCAUCCUGACAGUGCGUGUGGCUGUCAUUUUUGCAGUCAUACUCACAGUGCCAGUGCUGUUUUUCACUGUGCGUUCUUCUUUAUUUGAGCUGGCUAAAAAAACAAAAUAUGACUUAUGCCAUCAUAUUGUGGUUACUAUUGUCCUCCUGAUUUUCAUCAACCUGUUAGUAAUUUUUAUCCCCUCAAUGAAGGAUAUUUUUGGAGUUGUAGGAGUAACUUCUGCCAAUAUGUUGAUUUUCAUUAUUCCUUCAUCGCUGUAUUUAAAAAUCACACACCGGGAUACGGAAAAAUUUACUCAGAGGAUUUGGGCUUCUCUUUUCAUGGCAUUGGGAAUAUUGUUUUCCCUAGUGAGCAUUCCUUUGGUCAUCUAUGACUGGGUGCACUCAGGAGACAAUGCUGAAGGCAACUGA